AUGACCGGCAUAGGUAGGAUCGUUCUGAUAGACCUCGGCGCGAGAGAAGCAGGUGGAGGUUCAACAUCUUCAGCCCAAAAAAGACACCUAAGAGCCAUUCUAUCGGUCAAUGUUGUUGAUAGGCAACCUUCCCGGCGAUUGCCAACAAUAACUUUCACUGACACCGAUUUUCAAGGCAUUGAUCCGGUACAAGACGAUCCAAUGGUGAUCAGUGUGGAAAUUCACAAUUGUAUAGUCAAGAAAACGCUGGUCGACCAAGGCAGUUCGGCAGAUAUUUUGUAUUGGAAUACCUUUAAGCAGUUGGGUAUCUCCGAGAGAGAGUUAAUCCCUUAUGACAAUCCUUUGGUCGGUUUUGCAGAAGAGAGGGUAAGCACCAAAGGAUAUAUUAAACUUUUCACUCGUUUUUGUUUUGACGAACAGGAAAGCAGGGAAAUUCAAGUAAAAUAUAUUGUGGUAGAUGCUAACACAUCUUAUAACAUUCUCCUCGAUCGACCAUCAUUGAACAUGCUAGGCGCAAUCGUAUCAACUCCGCACCUAGCAAUGAAAUUUCCAUCCGACAAGGGGAAAAUCAUCACAAUUCACGCCGACCAGAAGGCCGCUCGGGAAUGUUAUUUCGCUAGUUUGCGAGUAGCUCCCAUGGAAGAAAGAAAUUCAAAAUCCAAUAGGGUUCACGUUGUUAACCCUUCGGCACCGGUUGAGGAACCAGUUUGUGAUCUUGACCCAAGAAUGAAUGAUGAGGAACGUGUAGAGCCGAUUGAAUUGAAAGUUCCGUUACAGCUCGGGUCUCAGUCAACUCAGGUUACGUAUAUUGGAGCUGACAUAUCCGAAGAAGAUCGCGUCACCCUGGGCCGUAUAGUAAUGAAAAACAAGGAUCUCUUUGCAUGGACACCGUCUGACAUGCCCGGCAUAGACCCAAGUGUCAUGUGUCACAAGUUGUCAAUCUGCCCCGAAGCAAGGCCAAUCGCCCAGCGUAAAAGGAAAAUGGGAACAGACCAAAAAUUUGCAGUUGAGACCGAAGUCGCAAAGUUGCUCGAAGCCAAAUUUAUCCAAGAAGUUCACUACACCACUUGGUUGACGAAUGUGGUAAUGGUAAAAAAACCAAACGGAAAAUGGAGAAUAUGUACUGACUACACCAACCUCAAUAAAGCAUGCCCAAAAGAUGCUUAUCCACUCCCAAAUAUCGAUCGGCUAGUUGACGGAGCCUCCGGACACAGGAUCCUCACUUUUCUUGAUGCUUAUUCGGGAUACAAUCAAAUUCGCAUGCAUCCCCGAGAUGAGGAAAAAACGGCCUUUAUAACUGAUUCGGCCAACUAUUGCUAUCAGGUAAUUCCUUUCGGAUUAAAAAAUGCAGGUGCAACCUAUCAGCGGUUGAUGAAUAAAGUUUUCCGACACCAACUUGGUAGAAGCAUGGAGGUAUAUGUCGACGACAUGGUCGUUAAAUCCCACGACAUUUCCAACCACGUGGCCGAUCUUUCGGAGGUAUUCCAGCAAUUGCGCCGAUACGACAUGCGCUUGAACCUGGAAAAGUGUGUGUUCGGUGUAUCAGGAGGAAAAUUUCUCGGCUUUAUGUUGUCGGCAAGGGGUAUCGAGGCCAAUCCUGAUAAAUGCAUGGCAAUUGUCAACAUGGUAAGUCCCCAAAACCUCAAGGAAGUUCAGAAAUUAGCAGGACGCCUUACAGCUUUAUCAAGGUUCCUUCCCUGUCUAGCCGAAUUAGCCAAACCCAUUGUUGGUUUGUUGAGAAAGGUAAAUAAGUUCGAAUGGUCUAUCGAGUGCGAGGAGGCUUUCCAGACUUUAAAGGAGCGCCUCGGCUCACCACCUAUUCUUUCCAAACCCGAUCCCGAGGUACCAAUGGUGGUCUAUUUGUGCGUAUCAAAUGACGCAAUCAGCGCCAUUCUAAUUCAAGAGAAAGAGGGACAACAACCAAUCUAUUUUAUCAGUCGCAUGUUACAGGAGGCUGAGACAAGAUAUCAGCUUCUAGAAAAAGUGGCACUUGGACUUGUCCACACCGCUCGGCGCCUCAGGCAAUAUUUUCAGAGUCACCGUGUCGUUAUCCGAACUGACUGCCCAAUAGCCAAGGUGUUGCGUAAACCAGAAUUAGCAGGAAGGAUGAUGGCUUGGUCUAUUGAGCUAUCAGAAUUUGACAUUAGUUUUGAGCCACGAGGGUCGAUCAAGUCUCAAUACUUGGUGGAUUUCGUCAACGAAUUGCAACCGAAAGGGCAAUUCGUGAGUGACUUGUGGACGAUGCACGUGGAUGGCUCUUCAAACAAUCAAGGAAGUGGAGCAGGUAUAAUCCUUGAGGGACCAGCGGGAGUAAAUCUUGAGCAAUCUUUGCGAUUUGCAUUUAAAGCAUCAAACAACCAGGCCGAAUACGAGGCACUAUUGGCCGGGUUAAGACUUGCACAAGAGAUCGGGGCCAGACGAGUGAUAUGUUAG